ACCAAAGUCAUCUGGACUGAGCGUCGGCCAUGACGCUAGCUGUGCCAGCUGUGCCCUUGCCAAGUGCAGAGGCUCUUGCGGUGUCAGGCAACGCGCAAAGUGUGCCGUUGACUUCAGGCCAGCUCCUGGGCAGUCCGCCCUUGCCUCCCCCAAGCCUUCUGGAUGGCUUUCCUGACCCUGACCGAGUGGAAGCGAGGAAGAAGGAAUACCUCAAGUCAUUGCAGGAGCAAGUUCGGCAACGAGUUCAGACGCUCACACAGAAGCACCAAGCCAAUCUGGAAUACUUGCGUGCCAAAAAUGACCAGUGCAAAAGGCAAGCCCAUGCCACUAUUGACCAGGAGCUCCUCAAGCAGGAGAUGGAGAUUGAUCGCCGGCAUGAUGAACAGCUUCUGGCCUUGCAGCAGGCAGCCAUGCGAAGAAAAUUCAAUAUCUCCAAAGAGGCUGGAGAGUUAACCUUGCAGUACCAGACCAAGGAGACACAGGAAAAGCUGCAGAUGCUUGAUUACGAGCUGCACAGAAAAUACUUUGAUGUGGCUUCGGGUCAGAUCGAUUGGAGACAGCAGGUCGAUGCGACCCGAAGCUCUUUGCCUGAUCCUCCCGGUCCUCCCCCAGCUGAAAAGCCACCAUUGUUGUCUCCUGGGACGCUUUUCUUGGCAGUGCAGGCCGCUUACAACCUGACUAACACGGACACUGGGCUUUUGGGAGACGUCUCCGACCCCUACGUUGUGGUGCGACUGGGUGGGCAGGAAUUCACCACCCCGGUGAUCAGCAACAACUUGAACCCUGUAUGGGAGGCUGACAACAGGUUCACUUUGACGGUGACAGAGGAGGAUAAAUUGCUCGAGCUGGAGGUGAAGAAUUCGAAUCAUUUCCGAGACGACAGCCUGGGAAGAACAAGCCUGGAUUUCCGAUCGCUGACCCCAAACGCUUGGCACAGCCACAAAGAUCUCUUGAAAGAUGGAGACAAAGGGGAGCUGGAAUACGCUGUGCAUUUCAAGCCAGCAGCAGCAUCUUCAUUGAAAGAGUAAUCCGUAAUAAGGAGUGGACUUAGUCGAGAGGCAGAAUGUGAGAUUGAAGCUCAGCUUGCAAAGACCAAGCAUUCGGACAGAGUGGCCUGGAUGUUUCGGAAGCGGACCUGUUCCGAGUUUGAAACGUGUAUAUAUAUGUGCUUUUUUGGACCCAAAUCAUCCGAUUGGAAGACGGGUUGCGGAUUUGACAGGAUUUGGUGUUCCUCGAGGUUCGGUUCCUGAACGCACGGAGUGGCAAAGACUGCCGGCGACGCAAAUGCAUCGUGAUGACCCGUGUACCUAGGUGCUGAAAGAAUAUUAAGCGAGGUGACCCGUUGGUCAGGAAAUUCAAGCCAAUGACAUGAAUUUCCCCCCUUUGGUUGACCCAGUGGCCCUUAAAGGCCAUGUGGAGCGCAAAGACCGCACCAGUCAUUUGAGACAUUUGAGAUGCUGAAAUCGUUGAGUGGCUUCAUGCGUUUGCAAGAGAUCAGAUUUGAAGUUG